AAAUAAAAUAAAAUUGCAUCAUCAUACCACAAUGAUUUAGGUGCAUCUUACCAAAAAAAAAAAAAAAUUAUCGUUCAAUGUUAUAUUAUUACAUCAAAAUCACAUCCUAUUGUAAUCCAAAUUGAAUUAAAUCAACAUAAUAAACAUAUCAUUCCUUCUUCUUCUUCUUUUUGUUCUAAAAUAUAUCAUUCCAUUAAACAUUGUAAUAGUGGAUGUAAACUUUAUGUAUUUCUUCUCUCUUCUCCCUUUCACAAUUUCUCUUUUAUUUAAUUUCAUAUUUUUAACACAAAACAUUAUUAGAUCAGGCUAGCUAAAGUGCGAAAAUGAGUUUCGUAUCGGCAAACGAACGACUUGUCGUUUCCGCAAGUGGAACCAGCGAAGCAGUCUCUUCGCUCUCCCUCACCAGUCGACAAUGAAGGCCAUAGUGAUAAGCGCUCCGGGAGGCCCAGAAGUGCUCCAACUGCAAGAGGUGGAGGAUCCUGAACUUCAACGAGAAGACGACGUUCUGAUCAGGGUCGAGGCCGCCGCGCUGAACCGAGCCGAUACCUUUCGGCGGAAAGGCUCGCACCCACCUCCUCCUGAGGGUGCGAGUCCCUACCUGGGCAUCGAGUGCUCCGGGACCAUCCUAGCCGUCGGAAAAAGCGUUUCCCGCUGGAAAAUCGGCGACCAGGUGUGUGCUCUUCUCAAUGGGGGAGGGUAUGCUGAGAAAGUGGCUGUUCCGGCUGCACAAGUUCUUCCUAUUCCACCCGGUGUUUCUCUGGAGGAUGCUGCUAGUCUCCCUGAGGUGGCGUGUACUGUUUGGUCGACUGUCUUUAUGAUCAGUCGGCUAUCUGCGGGAGAAACAUUCUUGGUUCAUGGGGGCUCCAGUGGUAUUGGUACAUUUGCAAUUCAGAUAGCUAAAUACCAAGGAGCAAGAGUGUUUGUCACAGCAGGGAGUGAGGAUAAGCUAGCUGUUUGCAAGGAUCUUGGAGCUGAUGUGUGCAUCAAUUACAGGACGGAGGACUUUGUUGCCCGUGUGAAGGAAGAAACAGAAGGGAAAGGUGUUGAUGUUAUUCUGGAUCAUAUUGGAGCAGCCUAUUUUCAGCGAAACCUUGAGAGCUUAAAUUUUGAUGGAAGGCUUCUUCUUAUCAGCAUGAUGGGUGGGGCAGUUGCAGAUGUAAAUCUAAGUUGUUUGCUUGCUAGGCGGCUCACGGUGCAAGCUUCUCGCUUGAGAUACAGAAGUCCAGAAAACAAAGCAUUGAUUGUUAGCGAGGUAGAGAAGAAUGUUUGGCCUGCCAUCGUCGCAGGCAAGGUGAAGCCUGUGAUCUACAAAUCUUUUCCAUUAUCUGAAGCGGCAGAGGCUCACCGACUUAUGGAAAGUAGCAAACAUAUUGGGAAGAUACUGCUUGUUCCAUGAUGCCAUGAUCAGUCUCUCUACUUAAGUGAUUAUGGUUAAAGACCUUAUUUGGGAUGUAUAUAUAUGUGCGCAUUUGUGAUACAAUGCAUAUCUUUUCUUGAAGUCUUGCAAUUUAGGAAUUUGGAUCAGUCUACGGACAUGAUAUGGAACAUAAUGGGUUCAUUUGAUAAAACAUUUUUAUGAUUUUUUUUUUGUUUUUUUGGUUGAAAGUGUUCUGAUUUGACGUAAAUGUAAAAGUGCUUUUGUA